CCCGCGUCAACAAUUCGACCAUACUACCAGACAUAACUGGAGACUGAACCCGGCAGGUGACUUUUCUUGUUGCACGUAGUUUCAUUAAACCGCCACCAAGAUGACAAGCAAUACAAAUACCACAACGCCCCUGCCAGAGAACGUUACAUUUCCAAUGAAUUCAUCAUCGAUGGCAUCGACAUUCAGAGAUACCUCGUCAUUGUGGGCAACCAGUGAUAUUAUGACAACGGAGAGUUACGUUUCCUCUGCAGUUAGUGCUACAAUGAAUGCUUGGAAUUCAGGCAUGAGUUUCAACGAGACUACUGCGAGACCUACUCCAGAUCCAAGCCAGUGCCUUGUGUUUGUUCCUGACGCGGUAGUGAACAGCAUAAACGAUAAAUUCUUGGACGAAAUUCUAAUUGCAUCCUUAAUUUUGACGAUAUCGAUGUUCGUGAUUGGUGUGCCUGGAAAUCUCAUCGUUUUCUACGUAUAUUGGAGAAGAUGGCGUAAAACAACGUCACGUUUAUUUAUCAUGGCGUUAGCUGCCUUCGACCUUUGUAACUGUGUCUCCAUGGCAUUUGAAAUAGACAUCAUUCUCAACUUCGUACAAUUCGAUCAUCCCUCACGAUGCAAAUUUGCCCGAAUGUUCACAUUCUGGAUGAACAACGCCUCCUCCUUCACCCUGCUUGUUAUAGCAAUAGAUAGAUUCAUGAGGAUUUGCCGUCCCCUGAAGCCUGCGAUGAUAAAUAAACAGGCAAAAAUAGCUGUGGUAGUGGCGGUCAUCGCGGCAAUAGUGUUUGCCUUUCCGGCAGCGGUGUUGUAUGGAACACAAACCAUAAUCAUAAAAACUGCUUCCGCUAACAUUUGCAUUAAGAUGCAUCUUUGCCUAAUCGAAGACGCUUACACCACGUCAAAACUACCACUGAUCUUCACAAGUGUCUUACUGGCUGGGAAUCUUGCAAUCGACGUGGUUCUUAUUGUCUGCUAUCUAUGCAUAGCAUAUCAAGUAAUCCAAAGAGGUCAGUUUAAUGAUGGCUGUUUGUCUAAAAGCCGCCAAGCAAGCAUAUCCUCCAACGCUACUGACAACGAUGUUUUAGAUGCAACCGACAAUGUUUACAAACCAACGCCCAUCGUUUUGACACGACAAGCCUCCCUGGCAUCCUCAGAGGUCAACAGCGGUGGCGAUAAAAACGAACCAAAUAAAGCUGACGAUUCAAAACUGACCAGAAAUAUAAACGGAAGUACAUCUCGUUCAAUUGGGGGUGGGAGUAUAACGUCUAAACCAUCAGCGUCAUUCAAAAGAGCCCAAUUCAAAAAGCAGCGAUCAAUGUCGACACAAAGCAUUGAAAGUAGACGAGCGCAAAUGUACAAGACCACAUUGAUGCUUUUCCUCGUCACUCUCCUCUUCAUGGUCUCGUUCAUACCGUAUUGCGUGAUAGUGAUCAUUCGGUACAUCCAGCCUAACUACUAUGAUACUCUAACAACGACUGGUAAGGCCAUAUUCCAGUUCUUUCUGCGGACCUAUCUGUUCAGUUGCGCGUUGAACCCUGUUAUUUAUAGCUUCAUGAGUGAACAGUUCCGAAGCGAAUGUGUUAAACUGUUUAAGAGAUUUGGACGUUAAAACAGGAUGGACAGUUGGAUUAUACACCUCAGCAUGUACAAACAGCUUUACGCAUAAAAAAUUCAGAAGCGAAAGGGGAAAAAAGCUGCUUAACAAAAAAAGAACAAAAGUAUUUUUGAACUGUUUGAUCUUUGGACGCAUACCUUUUGAAUUUCAAUAGUGGCAAUUAAUAAGACUGUGCAAAAGACAUACAAACGAAUAAAACGUUUUUAUAAAUAUUAAGAACAAAUUACACAUCAAAGAUUGGUAAAUAUUGUCAAAGUAUUUGUGCUGACGAUUUUGUACUUGUAACAACUGUACCAGUAGACAGAAAUUGCAAUAAGUUGCAACAAAUAAUUGCAGCAUAUGGUCGUCGUUUUGUCAAAGUUAUAACGUCGUACAUCACUGCAAAAUAGGUUACGGAAAUUUCAUAAGUAAAUUGGAUGGAUUGACGAUGUGCGGCGUUCCAUUUCCGGUCUACGAAAAAGGUCAAGGUCGCAUCUAAAAGUCAAAGUUAAUUGUCCAACAUGUCAGUAGAACUAUGCAUGAUGACGAAACAAUCUAUUGAGUACGUGUUUUAGUUAUGUACAUCUACAGUCUCGGUCACAUUGAGAGAAUACACGAUGAAUGUUUUUUUCUUGACAUAAAGCAUCUUAUCCGUUGAAGGUAAGGUAAUUCAAGGAACACGUAUAUGAUAAAUAGAGUUACCGUGUACAGAUCAGUACCCAUGGUAACGAUGAGGUCAAAGGUCAAGUUUCGUGUCGUUACUCACUGAUUGUAGGGAUGUCCAGACGUUAAGAUCAAAUUUACCUUCUUGUCCUUAACAUUUAACUCACACAGGGUAUACAUAAGUCAAAUAUAUUGUACUGUUAUAAAAUGAACUGGCAGUAUGUCUCGUAUCACACGAGGGCCUAUAUUUAUGUCUAUCUGUAUUGCAUAAUCAGGAUCUGCGCAUACAUGCAAUUGUUUACUGGCGAAA